AUGGAGACCACCGAAGUUCAUCAGACCACCGUCGUGGACGAGCCCAUGACCGACAACUUCAACGAAAACCUCGCCGACCAGGGUGAACUUGAGGCGCCUCUCAAGACCGAGGACGAAUAUGCCAUCUCUGAGUUGACUCUCCGUGCUAUCGUCUCCUCCAAGGAGGCCGGUGUCAUUAUUGGCAAGGCCGGCAAGAACGUCGCUGAUUUGCGCGAUGAGACUGGUGUCAAGGCUGGCGUGAGCAAAGUUGUUCCCGGUGUCCACGACCGCGUUCUCACAGUUACUGGUCAACUGCGCUCGCUUGCUCGGGCCUACGCGAUCGUGGCCAAGGGCCUUCUGGAGGGUGCCCCGCAGAUGGGCAUGGGUGGCGUUGUCUCUAACAACGGAACUCACCCCGUUCGCCUUCUGAUCUCUCACAACCAGAUGGGUACCAUUAUUGGACGACAGGGCCUCAAAAUCAAGCACAUCCAGGAUGCUUCUGGCGUGCGCAUGGUCGCACAGAAAGAAAUGCUUCCCCAGUCUACUGAGCGCAUUGUGGAGGUGCAGGGCACCCCCGAAGGCAUCGAAAAGGCUGUUUGGGAAAUUGGCAAGUGCCUGCUCGACGACUGGCAGCGCGGAACUGGCACCGUUCUCUACAACCCCGCUGUUCGUGCUUCUCUCAGCAGCUCGCAGCCCCUGAACAACAACCCCGUGGCUAGCAACAACAGCAACAGCAACAGCAACUACCAAAACAGCCGCCAAUACAACCGUACUGGCAACGGUAACGACUUCAGUGACGGUGGAUAUACCCGCCGAUCCAACUCCGACGCUGGCAACCGCGGCUACCCCAUGGUCACCGAGGACGGUGAAGAGAUCCAGACUCAGAACAUCAGCAUUCCCGCAGACAUGGUUGGCUGCAUCAUCGGCCGGGCCGGUACCAAGAUCACCGAUAUUCGCCGUAGCUCCGGAGCCCGUAUUUCCAUUGCCAAGGCCCCUCACGAUGAGACUGGCGAGCGCAUGUUCACCAUCAUGGGAAGCGCUCAGGCUAACGAGAAGGCCCUUUACCUCCUCUACGAGAACCUCGAAGCUGAGAAGACCCGCCGCAGCCAGUCCCAGGAGUAA